AUGGCCAAGUACCCUUCAGCUAGUAUUCUACUUCUUGUGGCUCUAGUUUGUGUUUCAGGAGUUACACAAAUCAAUGGUCUUGAUAUUCACAAUAGUAUUUGCAAAACUCUGGUGGAGACACGAGGCUAUAUUUGUCAAGAGCAUCACGUAACAACAGAAGACGGAUACAUUCUCGGGUUGCUAAGAAUUCCACAUGGACGAUCUGGUAGCAAAUCGACCAGGGAUCAGAAGCCGCCUGUUUUAUUGCAACAUGGGCUUCUAGCGGAUGCAGCAUCAUGGCUACUCAAUCCACAGGAUCAGGCUUUAGCGUUCAUCUUGGCUGACAAAGGGUUUGAUGUAUGGCUUGCUAAUACUCGAGGAACGGACUCUAGCCGUGGACACAAAUCACUUGGUACUAAGGAUCCUGCUUAUUGGGACUGGACAUGGGAACAGCUGGCUGCUUAUGAUCUUCCAGCCUUGUUCAAUUAUGUGCACAACCAAACAGGACAGAAGUCACACUAUGUUGGUCAUUCAUUGGGAACGUUGACAAUACUAGCUGCCUUGUCCCAACAAAAGCUGAGAAACUCACUAAGAUCAGCUGCUUUGCUUAGCCCAAUUGCUCAUCUGGGUCAAAUAUCCACACCGCUUUUAAGAGUUGCUACUCGAACAUUUUUGGCUGAGCAAUUCUACAUCUUUGGUCUUCGGGAAUUUCCUCCUCUAGGGCUACUAGAACAAACUCUGCAGACAAUUCUUUGCAUACAUCCUGGCGUGGACUGCUCUUACAUUUUGACUGCUAUAACAGGUCCAAAUUGUUGUCUAAGUCCUUCAAGUUUAGAUCUUUACUAUGAGCAUACACCACAAUCCACUUCCACAAAGAAUAUCGUACAUUUGUCUCAGAUGAUCAGAAGUGGAGCCAUAAGAAUGUUCGAUUACACUCUUCCGCUAAAAAAUUUGCAGCACUACAAUCGGUUUACUCCUCCGGUGUACAACAUGGCAAACAUUCCAAAAGAUAUUCCUCUUUUCCUCGGUUAUGGAGGGAGAGAUGCACUUUCAGACGUCAAUGAUGUGAAAGCUUUGCUUUAUGAUCUCAAAGAUCAUGACAAGGACAAGCUUGUGGAACAAUACGUAGAGGAGUAUGCUCAUAUGGAUUUCAUUAUGGGUUGGAAUGCCAAUAGAAAAGUAUAUGAUCAUCUGCUCACUUUCUUCGGGCAACAUUGA